GUAUGCGGUCAACGAAUGCCUCCUUAAGGAUGCAGCCAUUGCGUGACGUCACAGAAAGAAGAUCACUACGGGAACCAAGCAGGUUGAAAUAAGAUCUGUGGCGUCAAAAACUAAAUACAUAUUCAAGCAAGUUACCUUCUGGAUUAAAGGCCCAAAUCAUAAUUGGUAACCAAGAGAAACCUGAAGACACGUCGACGACCAAAACAAACUGUGACGUCAGCAGUUCACACACACCAAAAACCCACAGGACAUGCUCAGCAGGAGCACAGCCAGCCUCGGCCUGCGGCUGCAGCGCCGUGGGAUCCGGAGCCUGGCGGUGGCUACGAGUCCCGAGCCUCACGGGGACCGACACGCAUCCACCUCCACCUCCUCCACCGUGACGGCACACAGCAGCCCCCUGAAGACCAUGGAGCAGCUGGCCGGCCCCAGCCUGCUCACCACCCUCAACUGGCUCUUUGUCAAAGGAUAUUUCCAAACUACGCAGCAGAUGCAAAUCGAGCACAGACGGAUCUACGGGCCGCUGUGGAAGUCCAAGUACGGCCCGCUGGUGGUGGUGAACGUGGCCAGCGCCCAGCUCAUCGAGCAGGUCCUGAGGCAGGAGGGGAGGCUCCCGGUCCGCAGCGACAUGCCCCACUGGAGGAGCUACAGGGAGCUCCGGAACCAGGCCCACGGACCCCUGACGGAGAUGGGGGUCAAGUGGCUGCGGAUCCGCAGCAUCCUGAACCCUCGGAUGCUGAAGCCCAAGCACGUGUCCUCCUACGCCUGCACCAUCAACGAGGUGGUGGGAGACUUCAUCCGCCGCGCCGCCUGGCUGAGGGAGACCGGCGGGGGGGGGCUGAUGGUCAACGACCUGACGGCAGAGCUCUACAAGUUCGCCUUUGAAGGGAUCUGCUCCGUGUUGUUCGAGACCCGCAUGGGCUGCAUGAACGAGGUGGUUCCUGAGGAAACCCAGAAGUUCAUCUUCUCCGUGGGGGAGAUGUUCCGUCUGUCUCCCAUCCUCGUCCUCAUCCCUAAGUCCUUCUGGCCCUACACACCCUUUUGGAAGCAGUUUGUGGCGGCCUGGGACCACCUCUUCAAAGUUGCUGAAGAGCUGGUGCAGCAGAAGAUGGACGAGAUCCAGGAGAAGGUUCACCUGGACCAGAGCGUGGAGGGAGCGUACCUGACGCACCUCCUGCUCAGCGAGCAGAUGACGGUCACCGAGAUCCUGGGAAGCAUGACGGAGCUCCUGCUGGCCGGAGUCGACACGACCUCUAACACCAUCGCCUGGACUCUGUACGAACUGGCCAAGCGGCCCGAGAUCCAAGAGCAGUUGUACCAAGAAGUGAUCAGCGUCUGUCCCGGGGACAAGGUGCCGAGCAGCGAGGACAUCGCUCAGAUGCCGUACCUGAAGGCCGUCAUCAGAGAGACGCUCCGGUUGUAUCCCGUGGUGCCAGGAAACGCUCGCGUGUCCGUGGACAGCGAGAUCGUGGUGGGAGAUCAUCUCUUCCCCAAAAACACGCUGUUCCACCUGUGCCACUACGCCGUGUCCUACGACGAGAGCAUCUUCCCCGACGCCCACUCCUUCCUGCCGGAGCGCUGGCUGCGCGGUGGCGAGGAGAAGCCCCGGCUGCACCCCUUCGGCUCGGUGCCGUUCGGCUUUGGGGUCCGGGCGUGUCUGGGGAGGCGUGUGGCUGAGCUGGAGAUGUACCUCCUGCUCUCCAGGCUGAUGCAACACUUCGAGGUGCGACCAGACCCGGCCGGCGCCGCGGUGAAGCCCAUCACGCGGACCCUCCUGUGCCCCGCCACGAACAUCAACCUGCAGUUUGUGGACCGGCGGAGGAUGAGCGCAUGAAUGCGGAUGAAUUUACCGAGGUCGUUCCUGUAAAUAUGAACCCUUUCACCCUCAACGUCUCACACAGGAGCUGUUUUAGUUUCUGGUUUCCAGGGGCGACGUCUCUCAGCAGAAACUCCUUUUUAGUGUCCAAGGAAGCGCAGGAACUCUGCCCCCCCCCCACCCCCCCCCCACAACUGUUGUACUGCUGCCUCCACACGUGUGUGUAUGUAUAUAAGGAUCAAAGAACACACGUGUUCUUCUUCUUAUUGUCAAUGAAUCCUAUUAAAAGACCAAACCAAUGUGUGAACUCGACUCAAUACUUUCACACAA